UCUCGUUCGUAUCAACAUUUGGCUUCAGCCAAAUGGCGAACGGAAGGACAAAUUAUAAACAAGUACGCGGAACUGGAAAACACGAGGCCUUGUUACAUAUUUAAGUAAGAGAAUUUUACGCUUUCUUGCAGACGUAAACAGCAGUAGCGUCAGUGCAGGGAAGCAAACACUGUUUAUAGUUAGCAUACAAGCGAGCUAGGCCUCUAAACUCUAGGUAUCUGGACAGAGGAGAAGUGCUAUGCAAACGGGUUAGCUAGCUAUCUAGCUAGUUGGCUAACCUAGCUAAUCAGUAAGAUCACACAUAUCAGGGGAAAAUCAGAUCAGUAAGUUACCAAGCAAUAAUUUUAAACACACUAACAAGUGUUUGCUGCUAACUAUAACAUGAAUACAGCGUCGGACAGCAGUAAUAAGCCGUCCGAAUGUAACAGAAAGAGGAGCGCGAGCCCGCGGCAGCAGGAGGACUCCCCGCUGUCCAAACAGCUCAAAGUGGACGAGGAGGAAGCUGCAGAGAGCGAUUCGCGUGAACGCGCCGAGAACGACGCGCUUCCAUUAAAGCACAAAAAUGGCGCAUGUGAGAGUAGCAAUGCUCCUGAGCUCUCUGAAAACAGAGUGCAAAAUGCAAACGGGACAGAAAACGCCAGUGGGACUGAACGGAAGGAUGGAGAUGGAGAGUCGUCUGAAGGCCAGAAGGCGCGCUCAGAUUGCGCAACGAUAGACGCAGCUGAAGCUCUCGCGAGCCUCACCGGUGCCGGGGACCAGCGUGCUGAAACGCCUUGUUCAUCCAAACAAGCCCUCGGUGAAAACACGGUCAGUAAACAGAGCCGUGCAGAGCUGGAGCUGAGCACGCGCGCGGAGGACAGCUGCUCGGUAUCCGCGCUGAGAGGUGUCGGUGGAGAGGCGCGGGUGCGCGCGCGCCGCGCAGAUGAGGAAGAGGAGGAGGAGGAGGAGGAGGAUGACUCCCUCCCCGGGUCCUCCUUGACAGCCAGCUCGUCUGAUGACGACGACGAUGAUGAUGAUGAUGAUCAGGAGCGCGAGGAGUGCGCCAUCGUAUCGGUGCAGAUGGCCCCCGAGCUGCGGCGCUCCGUCGCGCUCCUGGCGCACGUGCAGAUGCGGCUGGACGCACUGGAGAAGAAGGGCGCGCGCCUGCACCGGCGCCUCGAGCUCAGGCUGGGCCGUCAGCGGCGUCCUCACCUCGAGCAGCGCGCCGCCAUCGCGCAGAGCAUCCCGGGCUUCUGGCUCACCGCCCUUCUCAACCACCCACACUUGUCAGCACAGAUCGAUGAAAAUGAUGAAGAUGCUCUCAGCUACAUGAUCAAUUUGGAGAUCGAGACUUUCAAAAACAACAAACUUGGCUACCGGAUUUGCUUUCAUUUCCGUCGGAACCCCUUCUUUCAGAACAAAGUCAUAGUAAAAGAGCUCCAUCUUGGAUUGGGAGGAUCUCCAGUUUCUUUCUCAAACCCAAUUGUUUGGCAUCAUGGACAGUCCUUGACAAGAAAUGGAGAACCAAGGCGGAAUUCACGCGGCGUUUACGAGAGUUUCUUCCACUGGUUCGAUGACCAUAGUAGUCCUGGGAUGGAUGAAAUAGCACAGAUCCUGAAGGAUGACCUGUACAAAGACCCUCUUAGGUACUACCUGACACCAUUGUGGGAGCCACGGGAAAAUGGCAGCACAUCCAAACCACCCCAGAACAGUAAUGGAGAUGAGUGUGUGAUCAUCUCGGAUUCAGAUGAUGACCAGGAACUGGUCAGCCACGAUCGACAACAAGAACAGGAAGAUCAGGAUGAUGAGGACAAUGAAGAUGAAGGUCGAGUCACAGGUGCUGGUGACAGUGACCAAGAAGGAGUGGAAUCUUCCAGUGAGGAGAGGCAAGAAGAGGAAGUAGAUAUAGAGGAAGUGGAUGAGGUCUGUCACUCAGCUAGCAGUGAGGUCAGAGAGCUGGGCCAGGAAGAGGAAGAAGGAGAUAUUGAGGUUAAUGAGGAUGAGGAGGAAGAGGAAAACUAGCAACAGUAUGCAGAUAAAGAUUAGAGUUAUUCUUCAAGCAAAUUAUGGACUCAUUAGGGCAUUGUUAUUGCAAGUAGCUGUGUCAUGUCUGAUAAGUACAGUAUCUUGUCAGCUUUUAAAGAAACAGCAAAAAUUGCUGGCUGUAAUGCAAGAUGACGUCAUUAAUAUUUCGCUACAAAAUACAGGAUGUAGAUAAAAAACUGGAAGGUUUAAUAUGAGAUAUGUUACAUGGCAGUAUAAUUCAUGUGUACAGGCUUUGUGUUCCCAUUCCUAAUCCAGACUAACUUUUUUAUUUUCACAUUUUUAUUCCAAGCAACAGUAGAGGUUUUAACAGUGGUUACUGUUAAAAUGCGUAAUUGUUUUUUUUAACUGCAUGGACUAUUUUCAGCUAGACAGACAACUACUAUAACUCAGUGACGGCGCCCAGUUAAAACGUUCCUGUUGGCCCACAGCAUUGUUUCUGUUUGUUUGUUUUUUUUAUGAUGUGCUUCUGCAGCAGAGCCAGAAGUCUGGCUUGCUAUUUAAAAAAAAGAAAAAGAAAAAAAAGAGAACAGAAUCAGUUUUCUGCUAUGCAUAAGGAUUUAUAUGACCAAUACCACAUAAUCAAAACCCUUUAACCAGAUUUGUUGGUUGUGAGUUUGAUAUUUUUUAAAACUUUGUGGUAAUCAUUCUUAAAGGGUGUGUUCUAAAUAAAUUUGAACUAGAUGUACUUAGUUCUGAACCAAAACUGGACCACUCAGGGAUGUUUAUUACAGUGGAUUUGUUUCUUUGAUGUGUUUUUAUUGGGUAUAAUAAGAUUUAUUACUUUGGUCUGAGUUGUUAAUAGUUUAAAUUUUUAGGUAAAUUCCUUAAAAUAAUUAUAGAUUGAUAUCUUUUUUUUUUUUUUGUAAGAAUAAGCAGAUAGAAACACUUCUGCCACAAGGAACUACUUUUUCUGUGCAUGGUAGGAAACUUAAUCACUAGUUUGUACUAUAUGGCAGCUCUGUUUAUAAUAAUGGCACUCAAAUAGAUGGCAGCACACUGUUGAUACACAUGCAUGAACAUGCUAGAAGCAGUCAAAAGCUGUAAUGAAUAAUCAUAUCCAUUUUUUUUGCCAUGGAAAUAAGGAACUCAUUAGACCAGGUGGUGUGAUCUAGCUUUAUCGGUAGACUAUUUUGUGUUAUGAUACAUUCAUAAAACAUUAAUUUUACAUUUGUAUGAGUGUGUAUAUGUAGGGCAUUUGUAAUUUUUUUCUGUAUUGUCAUAGGCAGCGCUGACUUUCUGCUGUAACCCUCAUCAUGUUUUUAUUAUUAUUAUUUAUUGGAAUUUGUAAUUAAUCUACUGCCACUUGAAAUUAUCAUGCCUUAUCCACACAUACAACUUAAUUUUUGGUUGGCAAAGUCCUAGAAUACUAAGUUUAUGCAUCCAAGAUGUUUAUUGUAAGUGUAAUUUCUAACCCUCAAUGAAGGGUUUAUAAUUUGUUAGUUUUGUAAUUUAAAAGUGUAUUCGACCUAAAGCACCAGAAGAGAAAUAUUUUUGUGUGGUAAAGUUUAUAGCUUAAAAGUUUCACAAAUAUUGUAUGAUUUGUCUUUAAAUAAAUGUUCCUUUUUAAAUAAA